GUGCAGCAACGCCCGCAAGCCCGUUACCCUGCUGUGUUGACUGUACGGCCCGCGCCCGAGACAUGGGCUUGACCCGGCCCGCGCCUUUGCACCAUCAUGCCGGACGAUGAUCCGCGGGCCGGGAACGAUGACGGGACGUCGACGACGUCGGCUUCGACGUCAUCGGCUACGACAUCGUCGUCCACCGAGGAUGAAGAUGUGCUCCCGUACCCUGGGUUUGUGCCCGUCGCACUGUAUUACUUCGACCAGACAAAGCCUCCCCGAACGUGGUGUCUAAAGUUGGUCACCAACCCCUGGUUCGAGCGAGUGAGUAUGUUGGUGAUUCUGCUGAACUGCGUGACCCUGGGCAUGUUCCAACCGUGUGCGGACGGCGAGUGUGUCUCGGGCCGUUGCCGGCUGCUCCAGGUGUGCGACGACCUCAUCUUCGCCUUCUUCGCACUGGAGAUGUGCGUCAAGGUUCUCGCUAUGGGAUUCAUGGGCAACAACGCCUACCUCGCCGAGACGUGGAAUCGCCUAGACUUUUUCAUCGUCAUCGCCGGAGCCCUGGAAUACUGUCUAGAUGUGGGCAACAUAAAUUUAUCUGCAAUUAGGACAAUUAGAGUUUUGCGACCACUUAGGGCAAUAAAUAGGAUACCAAGUAUGCGCAUCCUGGUGAUGCUUUUGUUGGACACCCUGCCCAUGCUGGGCAACGUCCUCCUCCUCUGUUUCUUCGUCUUCUUCAUUUUCGGUAUUGUAGGCGUCCAGCUGUGGGCGGGGCUUCUACGACAGCGCUGCUACCUGGUGCUACCCGAUGAAAAUAUCUCCUUUCCUAGGCAUAUCAGUUCCUAUUUCGCCGAAAAGGUGAAGGUGUUUAAUCCCAUUUCGUCGUACUAUCAGGGCAUGGACGCGGAAAGGGACUACAUCUGUAGCUCGGACAAGGACAACGGAAUGCACCGGUGCAGCGACUUGCCCCCUCUAGUGCUGGACUCUGGUCUGGUGUGCAACGCGAGUGCGCGUCCCCAUAGCAACAACGUCCCAACCAACGCCUCGUGCGUCAACUGGAACCAGUACUACAGCAAUUGCACUGCGGGGGACAAGAAUCCAUUCCAGGGUUCAAUCUCCUUCGACAAUAUCGGCCUGGCCUGGGUCGCCAUUUUCUUGGUGAUUAGCCUGGAGGGCUGGUCCGAUAUCAUGUACUACGUUCAGGACGCACAUUCCUUCUGGGAUUGGAUUUAUUUCGUUUUGCUCAUUGUGAUCGGGUCAUUUUUCAUGAUCAACCUGUGCCUGGUGGUCAUCGCGACUCAAUUUUCGGAGACCAAAAAACGUGAGAUGGAACGGAUGCGACAGGAACGCGCCCGUUACCACUCCACUUCCACGCUGGCCUCCACGUCCGUUUCGGACUCGGGCUGCUACACGCAGAUUAUCAAGUACCUCACUCACCUGGGACGAAGGGCCAAACGGAGGUUCCUCCGGUGGUAUCGAAGACGGCGACGCCGGCGGGCACGGCGCCGGGCCAUCAGGGAGCAGGGCGCGACGUCUCCGGGUUCAGACUCUUCGCUGCGGAGGGUCAGAACGCCAUCGACGUCGCGGCAUCGCGAUUCUCACCGAAUGCGUUCUCCGACCAAGUGUCUAGGGACGGGAUUUCCACCCGUCAAUAAUAACAAUAACCAUCAGCAUCACAUCGAGGAGCCUUGCUAUGAGGAUGGAGAGUCUAUCUGUAGUGGGGAGAGUGGAUCUAUAAUGUCUUCAUCGUCAUCAUCAUCAUCAGCCGAUUCUGCAACAGCCGCCGACAAUGGGGUCAUGUGCAGCUCAGCACUGAGCCCCGAAGCGUGGAGGGGAGCGCCCCAGGCUAGCCCUGAGCUGUCGGACGUCGAUCUUGGGGCUUCGCCGAGGAGGCCCUCCUGCCUCAGGGUGCAUCCACGUCACUGCCUGUCCAAUCCUACAGGGUCGGGUGGAGCAGUGGAGCGCUCCAUGGCCCCGAAGCAACAGUCGGGAAAGAACGUGUCGCUGCAGGCGCCCCAAAGUCCGCCGCCAGAGCCCCGGGGCUCGGCUGGGCCCGGCGCAGGUCACCAGCAUCCACCAACCACGACGACAGCACCGACGUUAACUUGUGCCGAGCUGCUAGCGUUCAGCGGAGCUCAAAGUGCUGCGCUGGCCGCCAGUCUCGCCAGUAACUUCGCCAUGCACACAUUUUACUCAACAUUAAGUAAAGGUACGAAGCAUUAUUCAGCACCACAGCUGACCUUUCACCCACCAAUCGGGAGCCGUCACUGCCACGGCAACACAACAAACACCACCGCCACCACUACUGCCGUCGUCGCCGCCGAUGCGGACAACGACACUGGCAGUGUAAGCUCCUCCAGUCACCAUUCUUCUUGCUCACACGAAUUCUCGGGAGACGAAGAGGACUCCUGCUCCGAGUACGAGGACGAACUAUCCUCCGGAGAAAGCAGCCGGAGCGGGCCUAGACCCAGAGGUGCCUGUUACAAUUUCUGGAUGGCCCGUCAGGCCCAGCUGAGAAAGCUCGUGGAUCACCAGUACUUCCAGAGAGGAAUUCUCACGGCUAUCCUCGUUAACACGCUCAGUAUGGGGAUUGAGUACCACGACCAGCCGCAAGAAUUAACCCUGGCUGUGGAAAUCAGCAACCUGGUGUUCACGGGCAUUUUCGGCCUGGAGAUGCUGCUAAAGAUCUUGGCUGAAGGAUUUUUCACUUACAUCAGCAGUGGCUUCAACCUUUUCGAUGGAGUCAUUGUAAUCCUGAGUAUCGUGGAGCUGUGUCAGAGCAGUGGGAGCGGCCUCUCAGUGCUGAGAACGUUUCGUCUUUUGCGUAUUCUCAAGUUGGUACGAUUCAUGCCCGCUCUGCGGAGGCAACUGUUCAUCAUGCUACGCACCAUGGAUAACGUCGCUGUGUUCUUCGCUCUCUUGAUAUUGUUUAUUUUUAUCUUCAGCAUUCUGGGAAUGAACCUUUUCGGCUGCAAAUUCUGCGUCAAGGAGCCAGAUGGUACCGUGCAGUGUGACCGCAAGAAUUUUGACUCUCUGCUCUGGGCCUUAGUUACUGUCUUCCAGAUUCUAACACAAGAAGACUGGAAUGUCGUGCUUUUCAACGGCAUGGAGAAGACCUCCCCUUGGGCUGCUCUUUAUUUUGUAGCCCUCAUGACCUUUGGAAACUAUGUUCUGUUCAACCUUCUAGUAGCCAUUCUGGUGGAGGGAUUCUCCGCAGAGGGAGACCGUAAGAAGAGCCUGGAGGCCCUGAAAGAAAACGUUGACGGGAAUGCAAACAAUAGUCGAAAAUGCAACAUCCAGGACGCUGAUGAUGACCCAAAAGACAACAUCAUGAAAGAGACACGCAUGUUAUCCUCCCAUCCUGGUGCUGGUUCUGGCAACUGUGGCUGCGGCGGUGAAGAGGCGCUGGGGCCUUGCGUGGCGCCACCAAUCAUCACACACACGGCGGCCACCCCACAAGGCUCACCCAACGCCACACUCGAGCCCCUGGUACGAGAACUCAACAACAGGCUUUCCCCACUCAUGGCCCUUGCUGCUCCCGACUCCACCAACAGCGAGCGCUCUAUGCUGUCGGGCUCAUCUCCAAUGGGAACCCCGAGGCUAUCACGGACGCCAAGCAACCGCAGCACGGCCAGCCAUGCCCUGGUCACGGCAGGCACUGCCCUGCUUAACGUGCCUCGGCAAGGCGGCAGCAACGCCGGCGGCGGCUUCGUGAGGAACGACACUGCAAGCCCCGGUAACCCACGCAGAAGGAGGAGGAGCUGUGUCAGUCCCGCCCCCUUCGCUCGAAAAGAAGCGGGAGAGGGCCCGCUAAUCAAACUGACUCGCCAGGGGAGUGGAAGCAGCAGUGGUUGGCAGCAAAGGCGACGCGGCGAUAGAUCACCCUGCCUGGCCGACUCGGACAGCGAUUCGGUGACGGACGUUGACCAAGACGGGGACUCAUUGGUUCCGUCGCCUUUGCAACCCCCGCUCAACAAUGCGAUUGCGGGUCAGAGCACACCAUCCUCUGACCACAGUCACUGUAACGGGGGUUUGCCUUCCACAACAAUCAACAACCACGGUGGUGCCACCUACAACAAUCAUCGAAGCCCGAACAACAACAAUAACCACAAACGACAAAACAUACUUACGAAACAGAACAACACCAAUGCUGGUAGUCCUCCGAAGCCCACCGCUACAGUUGCUGAACCUACAGCAGCGACACCUCGCGAUGAGAAGUCACCUCCGGCGACGCCUCCUAGUGCCGAUGGCAGUCGGAAAGCGUCACUGACGCCCCAGGGGUCGCUGCUAAGUAGACACAAUUCACUGCAAAGCCAACAUUCCGCAGCAUUCAGCCGGCACAACUCUCUGAGCAGCGCAGCUGGUAGUUACCUAGAGAGCCGCCACAACUCGCUGGUUUGCAAGCCGAGCAAGAAGCUGAAUCUUGAGGGUAGCAUGCUUCACGUCAAAGUGGACAACGCAGCGGCAGCUGCGCUGGCGCUUGGGGAGCGUACUGGAAAUGUUCCUAAGCUUUGCUGGUUCUUCGAACCACAAUGGUGGCGGUGGUGUUUCGAAAACAGACAAGACUACUCGCUGUUCAUCUUCUCGCCCGAGAGCAAAGCACGUGCGUAUUGCAACCAUAUGACGAGAGGUCGCUGGUUUGACUACACUGUGCUUGUCUUCAUUGCCCUCAACUGCAUCACAUUGGCCAUGGAGCGGCCCAACAUUCCGCCCAAGAGCCUCGAGAGAGAAGUCCUCAUUGCGGCAAACUACACUUUCACCGUGGUAUUUGCCUUCGAGAUGUUGGUCAAAGUAAUAGCGAAAGGAUUAUGGUACGGCAAAAAGGCCUACUUCAACAGCGGUUGGAACAAGAUGGAUGGUGUUCUGGUCCUCAUCUCCCUAGUGGACUUUUUCCUGACAUUUGUUGCGGAUGGAAGCCCCAGAAUCUUCGGCAUCCUUCGAGUAUUCAGGUUACUACGCUCCCUACGACCGCUUAGGGUGAUCAACCGUGCCCCCGGACUCAAGCUCGUUGUCCAGACCCUCAUGUCCUCCCUACGACCUAUUGGCAACAUAGUUCUUAUCUGCUGCACAUUUUUUAUUAUUUUCGGUAUCCUCGGCGUUCAGCUGUUCAAAGGCUCUUUUUACUUCUGCGAAGGCCCCGACGUGAAGGGCGUGAAAACGAAAGAAGACUGCCUGGCCAGGGGCAUGGUCUGGACCAAUAGGAAAUACAACUUUGAUCACUUGGGACAGGCUCUAAUGGCGCUGUUCGUCUUAUCGUCAAAAGACGGCUGGGUCAACAUCAUGUACUCAGGACUGGACGCGGUGGCAGAGGGAGUGCAGCCCGUGGAGAAUUACAACGAAUGGCGGCUGCUCUAUUUCAUCUCCUUCCUGCUGCUGGUGGCUUUCUUCGUGCUGAACAUGUUCGUGGGCGUGGUGGUAGAAAAUUUCCACCGCUGCCGAGAGGAACAGGAGCGGGAGGAGAGGGCCUUGCGUGCUGCAAAGAGGGCCCGCAAGCUAGAGAAGAAGCGCAGAAAGAUGCGGGAACCGCCGUACUAUGCCAAUUAUUCCAAGCCCCGCCUCUUCACCCAUAACAUCGUGACGAGCAAGUAUUUCGAUCUCGCCAUCGCCGCUGUGAUUGGCCUCAACGUCGUUACCAUGGCCAUGGAGUUCUACAGGAUGCCAGUGGAACUGGAAUAUGCCCUGAAGAUAUUCAACUACUUCUUCACGGCCGUUUUCCUGCUUGAACUGUCCAUGAAAGUGGUUGCCCUCGGGAUUCCCCGAUACCUUGUGGACAAGUGGAACCAAUUGGAUAUCCUGAUUGUGAUCCUUUCCAUCAUGGGCAUUGUCCUUGAAGAAAUGAAGUCUGAUCUGAUCCCUAUCAAUCCCACCAUCAUCCGCGUCAUGCGAGUGUUGCGGAUCGCCAGAGUGCUGAAACUGCUGAAGAUGGCCAAGGGCAUCCGUGCUCUGUUGGACACAGUGAUGCAAGCGCUUCCUCAGGUCGGAAACCUCGGCCUUCUCUUCUUCCUGCUGUUCUUCAUCUUUGCUGCACUCGGCGUCGAACUCUUCGGCAGACUAGAGUGUGACGAAAGUCACCCAUGUCAAGGACUCGGAGAGCAUGCCCACUUCCAUAACUUUGGGAUGGCGUUCCUGACAUUGUUCCGCGUUGCCACUGGUGACAAUUGGAACGGGAUUAUGAAAGACACGCUGCGUGACGAGUGCGACUCCCGUAGCGACUGCGUGCGCAACUGCUGCGUCUCACCCAUCAUCGCGCCGCUCUACUUUGUGGUCUUUGUGCUGAUGGCACAAUUUGUUCUGGUGAAUGUCGUCGUGGCCGUCCUCAUGAAACAUCUCGAGGAAUCACAUAAGCAGCAGGACGACGAUCUCGACAUGGAAGCUGAACUACAGGAAGAAAUGGAGCAGGAGCUACUCGAAGCCAAGAAUAAACUUGCUCUGGAAGCAAAGAUAGAAUUUCACAAGCCCAUCAUGAAAAUGUCAUCUCUGCCAGCAAACUUCACCUUCUACUUCCAGUGUGAAGAUGCGGGCGGAGAUUCUACUCAAUCACCACCGACAGUGAGCAUCUGCAUUCCAGACCAACACGAACGACCCGCAUCUGCCGACAACCCAAAGAACGUUCACCACGACGCCAACGACAUCGAACUGGGCAUCGUUCCUUCCAUCAACAUCAACCUCCGACAGGCAUCUCCCGAGGACGGAUGCGCCGAGAAAGUCGCCGUCGCCGACCUCCGGAACGGACUUCUGAACGCGGAACCGGCGCCACAACUACCACCCGACUCGAUCGAUCAUGACAACGACGACCUCGACGCUCGCACUCCGACGCCGGACAACCCCGUCCAGACCCCGUCGACAGAAGACGACGAAGAAUCCGUCACGACGACCACAUCGACGUCGCGACUGCGCUACCUGCUCCCGUCGUACCCGGAGCUGGCAAAAGCAGACGCCGACUCGAGCGAGUCGUGGACCUUCUCGGCGGAGUUCCCUCUGUCGUCCGUGACGCGGACAGCCGUCAGUGACGACGGUGACGCGACGGACGACGAUGGAGACCCCGCGACGCCGACUACGACGACCGGGAUUGACACGGGGUCCGAAGAGUCUGUGAGGCCCGCACCUGUCGUUGUAGAAGGAGAUGACGGGGAUUUAGAAGUGGUCGAAGUCGCGACGCCGUCUGAGGAAGUGGACGGUCAGGUGUCGUGACGGUUGGAUGAUGGCUGAAAGGUUUAACGUCCAAGCCCCCGCGCGCUCUGUCCCUCUCGCUCAGUGGUGAGGGAGUCUAUGGGGUCCGGUUGGGAGGAUUCGGUGACGGCGUUCCGACGACUGUAGUCCUCUUCCUCGGGAAGACCGUACAUGCAGCUUCAGAACGGGGCCCUAGCCGAGCAGCUAGCAUAUACUUGGUGUUUCUUUAUGUGAGCAAGUUGGUAGGGAAACUUCAUGAGGCUUGUGUAACGCAUGAUCUAACAGAACUGUUCUUGUCAGUAAUGUCCUCAAACAGCAUAGUCUCAAGUAGAACACCGCCGUAUUAUGCCCUGUUGUUGAGUCAAAUGCUACUACUAGAUGUACAAACCGGCAGGAUGAGCUCAAUGUACAUAUUUCUGUAACGAUCUCUAUUAGAUCCUCCCAAAAAGGCAUAUUUUUUGCACUCACAGCAAAACGCGACAAGGCAUUCGGCACUCAACGUUCCCGGCUUGUACAUUCUAAUCGAUAUUGAUAUCUCACUUCUCAAAACAAAAGUUAUUCUCGACAAUCGAGAACGGUAUCGACGUGCUCGAGCACCAAGCACUAAAAACCCGCCUUUAUUCCAGACUCUAUAAAGGCACACCAGGUUGCAAUUACGCAGUAUCAGCCAUAAAACAAUGAGCUGCGGUUCUACUGGUUUCAAAGGAGUCAAAAAUCGGGUCGGGUCCUCGCGUCCACUCGGUCCCCCCAGCCGGACACACUCGAACUUUUUCUAUGCUGGUGUUCUUGAGUAUCCAUGGUGGUCCCAUGGUCCGGCGCAAUCUCUCUCCGGUUUCAUACUCUUGUUGCACGACGUUGAUGUAAUUUCGGAUCUGUUGUACAUAUUGUAUCCAGAGGGAUGGUGAUGCCCACUGGGGGCCCUUAGUCCUUUUAUUCCUUGCAAGCAAAAGCAAAAGUGAGAUCCUCGUUGCACCAGAAGCGAUGUUAUAUCAAUAGGAAUCCGUGUUGUUGAUGACGAUGAGGCUUAUGCAGCCGGUGUGGCACGGCCGUUUUCAUGUUCGCACAUGUUCAUGUGCGAUGUGUCCUGCUUACUGACUCCAAAAAUAUUGGUCACUGAUUAACCACACAUUGAAACCUGCAAUGACCAUGCAGGCGAUCUUUCGAAAACAUGCGACGAUCUGGCAACCUACAGUCUCGUACCCAGGUCAACUUGAACCUACUUUACCCCCGUGUUAGAUAGACCAACCAGCAUCGCCGUCCAAUCAAACAAUCACAUCACCAAUCGGCCGAUAAAACAAUAACGCCACAUGGGACGACCGGUAAGCCACAGCGGAAACAUUAGCCCAAACCGAAUCGAAUCGCCCUGGUGUCGUACCGCGAUAUCUGCAACAGUUCCCGUUGUAAGAAUUGUACAUAACAAGUUGCCAGAUGCCAGCGCACCACUUCAACGUUUGUUAGGGCGAGUUCCCUUUAUGCUGUUUAUAGAGCACAAUGCGGAAUCUGCUGGUGUAGGUUCCCAUGACGACGUUUUCAGGAAACAGCCGUUAUUACCUUGAUGCCCACCUGGAGCUUACCUUGUGUAAAGAUACUAGUACUUGUAAAAAAAAUGUUUAGGAUGUUUGACAGGAUACGUAAAAAGGAUGCUGUAUGGUGCUCGUGACCGGAGAGAAUCAAUCGGUUGCGUUCCACGUGGGGCGUUUGUGCGGAGCCUUGUCACACGGACGCCAGGCUAAAUUAGAGCGCCACCGGCGAGAAACUUCGUGUAUUCGAUGCGCACCGCUGUGGUGUACGCCUUGGCACAGUCGGUGUUAGAGACGCUUUAGGCAGGGCGAUCCAGUUUCGUAUUAGAGUUUUAUUCGCGUCAACGCCACGUGCGAAAUUUUAGCCAGAAGAGCGUCGUAGUUCCCGAGCCACGCAAGAAAAAACGGACGACAUGUUCGCACCUGCGGUUGCGGUUUUACGGCGACGCCACCGCAAGGGUGUGCUGCAGAGCUCAAGAUGAUGAGGAUUGUUUUUAACCCUGGAGCCAUCAGUGUCACGACUGUUUUUUUUUUCUUUAUCUUUCUAUCUUUUUUUUUUUUAGAAAUUGCACUUUAUUUCGGUCCGGGCGGCGUAAAGUUAACAUGUGUGAUUUCAGUUGCUCUCCCCAACCGUGAAAUUUCACUUCUGUGCCAAAACCGUUCGUCGAGGGUUACGUGUUUACAACCCUAUAUGUACCUGCAGUGUUUUUUUCAUUCGCCGAACCAAUACUCGAAUGUCAUCGCGGAAUUGGUGCAUUUCUCAUGAGGAUUUCUGAGAAAUAUUGUUUCCGCGUUACAACAGUCACGAAUUAAUCAUGAACUAUACCUUCUGUGAUUGGUUGGAUGCAUUAGUGAACCGCAUAACUAUACGCCUCCUAUCAACGGCUGUAUACCUAAAUUGACGUGAAUUCUCUACAAGCAAAGCAAAACUGGAUAUCCAAUGCGUGCAAAUCUACUCCUAGUUAUUGUUAUUGACAUUCAAGACGUUAACAUCGUAAACCUAAUUAAUUUACUGCGGACGGACACUAGAAACGCAGUGCUCAUUCAUGUGAUGACACGUUUAAAUAAAGUAGUAGUAGUUGUUGACACAGUCACAACACUCAUGGAUAGACUGGUCAGUGUAGAUACAACGUUGGACGUUGCAAAAGAACGUUUUAGCGGGCCGUAAUAUUUGAUAGUCCGGUUAUAGCGUUCCCUCCGUGCCUCCUCCUAAGAUCAACUGAAGCUCCACCAGUAUACAGCCGCGAGGAGCAGGACAAUGGAUAGGACAGUUCGACAAAGGCUAACAUCGCUAUAACUUCUAAUGGUGGUGCACAUCAAUCAACAAACAUAACGUCAAAUUUCGUAGGUAUGGGCGUUCCAAGACAAGGCUCCGCCCCCACCUUUUCCACAAGCCCCGCCCACUGCUCGCUUUAGAUUUGUUAACGGAGUUUACGUGCCGCAAUCAUUGCGUUAUUCAUCUCACGCGUGACCAUAGAGAUAUUUGAAAAGAGAGAAAAGAAGACGGCGGCACAACCCCCCACUACCUGUCUCUGUCCGGAUUGACCAAUAGGAACAGUCCUGCCUUUCCGUUCUUUCCUCCCAUUGGCAGCCGCCGCCGUUGUGCAGACGGCAAAGGAACUGUGCCAGAAUUGUGCCAUGGGGAGAGAACUUUUGUCUUUGUCGAAUUGUUUCCCUUAGUUCCUUGUAAAGUACCUAUAAAUACUAUAGAGAUGUAUAUUUCUAAGGGUACAAAUACGAAUGCAGAGUCACAUGCUUUUAUAUUGCCUUUGUUCCCCAGUCCACAUAUAGCGAUACCAUUUUUCUCACAACGCCACACUCGUCACGUGAAAGCUACUUGUUGGAGUGACCACAGCGAGUUCAUUGAACGAGAUCGAUCAGGCUCUGGUGAAAGAUACACGAAACGUGUUUCAGUGAAAGGCAUGUCAGUCACAAAAAUACCUGUUUUAUUGUAUAACGAUGUACGCUUCAGUUGCACGAAUGGCGAAGGAUAGCUCGGAUACAGCGAAAAUCUCCCUUUACUUAGAACGUCCUUUGGUGACAUGUUUCUGGUAUUACAAACUGAAACUAAUGGACCUACUUCCGAUUCUUCGCGCAGCCUAGCGGCCAUUCAGUGAACCACUCUUGUCGCGUGCUAAAAACAAGCCGUGGUAUUCAACAUAGUACCUGCUGCACCCAAGAACAAAAUAUCUUUGGAUCUGCACCGGCUAAGCUCCCAUCUCUCUUCUCAGCAUGCUUCGUGCUGGCAUACCCGUGCUCUCCGUACAUGGACUUUGUAAAGCACCAUCUGGUGAGUGGGCGCACAAAAUGUUCCGCUGGGACUCCCAUGCGCAUGCGCAUAACCAAUUUGGAAAGAGGUCCAUUAUGUUCGGUGCACAGUGAAUCACUUAAGAUGCAUUUGAAUGGAGUGUUCUGAAAUAUAUUGAAGUCAGUAUUAACGAGUAAUAUUACGAGGUUUCCGUGACCUCAUAACUGACGGAUGUUUUUCACACGGCGGUGGAGGUGGCUUGCCAAAUGGUUACUCAUGCUCAGGCAGACGAAACAGUUUUAUCUGUCUCUUAUCUUGCCAAAGAUAUCUUAGAUGCUGAUACUCAAGGUUGGUACCCGAAAUCCCCAAGUGUUGAUAUAAGAAGCAAACAUGCCAUUAUUGCAACCGUGUUGUAGUUUUUUGUAAAAAUCGAGGCCCUGUAGACAUCCUUGUUACCAAGACCGUUAGAUGCCUUCGAAAGAACAAAAACACCGUGACCUUUCUUUAGAGAAAAACAGUUGGUUACGCGAUGAACUGUCGCUGUUCAUUAAGCCUCAAGCGUAUUCCAAAACUGCAAACGUCAUGUUGAGAAUGUAUAGCAGCGUCUGCCUUAACGCAGGAAUAGAAAUUGUGCUAUGGCUGGUUUCACUUGUCUUUCAUACGCUUGCAGGCGACCAAUCAAAAGAAAAGCAAAAUAUGUAAUACACACACCCACAGCGACAGUUCACCGCUCCUCUCUUGCAGUUUCGUUUUCUUUUAAAUUCCCAAGGACGUAUCUAGCUUAGCUCUUCUUUUCGAUACCGUAAAAAUAUAUGAAGAAAAAAAAAACCAGGUGCCACUCUCCAAUGUGAUUCCAAACAACCCGCGUGCGAGAUUGUUUCUAUUCAUAAUAACUGUAAGCUCGAACGCAGAACAACCCUUUCUUUCUUUCUUUCAUGAACCGUUGAACAUUGUCUUGCACAUACAAAACACCAUUUUCACACUUUUCCCGUUGCACACCGUUUCAUCACUGAGGUAAAAAAAAACCCUGUUGUUGUGUACGGAAAAACGUCAUCAGAUCGCGGUGUAGGCGUAGGAAGCUACUCAAGCAAAAGUGUCAAUGCAAAUGUCCUUAAUGUUUCUUUUUCAUGUUUUCGUUUCACACUUUCUCUGGUUAAGAAUGGAAACGAAGCAAUGAUGAUAUGCAAGCGGUGGCUACAGAGCAAUGUUCGCGAACGCCGAUUCGUUGAUGAGAGAACGCUGACGAUGUCGAUGAGGCUGACGAUGUAUGUCACGUGCACCACGCUUGCGCGCUUUUUUCCCUCUCCCUCGGUGUAAAUGCAGAGCUCUGCAUUGGAUGAGGAAAACUUUGCGAAGGACACUGAGAAUUUGGAAGAAUUAAACGUUUUACUGUUUGCAGUUAUUCUAUUUAAUAUGCAAAUUACGAAAUACUAAACGGAAGCAAAGCAGACGACGAAUGAGCUACCCCAGGUUACGAACUUGACUCGGAUAUUCGAAAUGAGCGUUUGGAAUUCUUUUUACGGAAUAAAAAGCAAACGAAUAUCCGGGGGUACAUGCAGGGCUCUCCACUGUUCCAUGUGCUGUGCUUUUGUGUAUGUGUGUCCAUAACACAAGUGUUUUUUGAUUUCCUUUACAAACCAUGGUGAUCGAAUUCGCAACUGCAACCGCCCUGGUUGAACAGGCCCUCCGGGCGGCGCUGCGACAGCGAGCCACGUGAUCGCAAACGAUGCACGGGAAAAUAUAAAUAGGAAGUUCGGAAAAGCGGAAAUAGGAAAUGCUACAGCAGCAGCAGUUCUGCAUAAAGGUCAUCGGCAUGCCAUCUAAGGAAGUGACUCUUGAGUGGUAUAACAAAAUGAGGAAAGAAAAAAAUCGGCGUGUUCUAAUGUCUAUAUGCGUUCCGUGGCUUUAUUCUACAAUAUCGUCAAAUUGCAUUUGUUUAGGCUAGCGUAACGCCAUUCGACAUCUUGAGGUUUCAGACUUUUCUUUCCAGGGACCACUUGUCUGGCCUGUUUGUGAUGUCCAAUUUCUGUGCUGCCAGUACUUAUUGCUCUAUCGCAUUAACCUGUUAGACUGUCAAAGAACAGAGCGUCCUGUUUGUGUUGCCUUAGGAAAACAAGCGCCGCUGUUUCGUCCGGUUACUGUGAAAACUAACGUGUUUUUUACUGUUAGUGUUUGUUGUAAUAUCCCGCAAAUUAUCAUCUGCGCUUUGCUACAACUGCCUUCGUGUCCGUUCUAUUGAUAUCAACGCGUAUUAUCAACCGCCUGUCGUUCGAUGUAAAGGCAAAUGAAAUUGCUGUCUCACUGCAAUCGUGUCAAUUGAACGACCUUCCGUUUGUAUAUAUUUGUUCACAUCUCCACGAGAUUGCAAUUUUUGUUACCAUUGCUUAAUACAAACUGCUUGUCCUGAUUCCAUUCGUGUCAACGUAACCGUUUCAUCGAAUUAGCCGCUUCGUUAAUUUGCAUUUCGUGGAAUUAGCAGUGUUACCAAAUUAACAGUUUCUUCAAAUUAAACGUUUCAUCGAAGUAACCGUUUUAUCAAAUUAACUGUUUCAACGAAGUAACCGUUUUAUCACAUUAGCCGUUCGAUCGAAUUAUCCGUUUUCAAAUUACAUGUUUUCUUGCGUUACCUCUUCUUGAGCUUCAUGAUUGCACGAGUUGUGUGCAGAUACGCUUUUUCCGCCACUGACAGCAAAAGCCUGGAGAAAAGAACAAUCCUGUUACAUUUCCACACGCCUGCUUUUUCACUACACAGAUGUGUGUUGUGUGUCGCAAUUCAGCUUCACUAAACGAAGCUUUCAUGUCCACUGCUUGAUGUUGAAAAAGGUUGUGUUACACAAGAACGUCAAUCUGUUUGAAAUUGAGAAGCACAUUGUUGCUAAGCUGCUGCCAUGUUGCACAUGCUAAUGCGAGAAUCGGGUGGUAGCCGAAAUUGCUCUGUAGCCAGCGCAGGUAUGCUGUGAUCCUGUUGAGAAAAACAAACAGAAACUUGCUGGGGAACAAGCUUUUUGUUGUUAUAUCUUGUCAUUAUUAAAAAUAACAAAUUCCGAAAUGAA